AUGCCCACUGUGGAGAGUGAAGCCAAAGUAAAAACCAAAGUUCGCUUUGAGGAAUUGCUUAAGACCCACCAUGAGCUCAUUCAUGAAAGAAAAAAACUGAAGAAAAAAAUUGGCAAAUCUGGAGAUAAAAUUGCACUUGACACUGUUAGAAGCAAUCUUCCGAAAAGUAAAGAAACUGAAAGUGAUGAUGUAAGUGCUAUGAACACUAAUAACCCAGUCACUAAAAGCAAACUAAGGAAUCCCCAGUCAACACCUGAAAAUCCAGAUGAUGUUAGUGUAGAGGAAGACAAGCAAGGAAAGGCAAGUAAAAAGGUUAUGAAAACAGUACUCCAGAUGACUGCACAAGGAAUGGAACUGGAAGCUCCUGUGAGGAAGGUGGAUUCCACACACCAGAAAGCACGAACCAGGUCACAGCCAGAUGUUGCUUAUCAGAAGAGCAAGAAGGCAGAUGAAGAAAGAGAAAAUAAUAAUUUAGAUGAGGAAGAAGAACUGAUGCAAGCAUACCAACUCCAAGUAGCUGAAGAAAUGGCGAAGGAGAUUAAGAAGAAAAUAAGAAAGAAACUCAAAGAACAGUUGACUUACUUUCCCUCAGAUACUUCAUUGCAUGAUGGCAAAUUGAACAGUGAGAAAAAAAUAAAGAAAAAAAAGAAAGUUCCAAUCUCGUCUAAAGCUGAAACAAGUACACUGACCAUCUCCGAUGACACAGUUGAAAGUGAACAAAAGAAGGGCUCUCCAGUUAGAACAGUUACUUCAGAUUCUCAACAAGAUGAUAAGAUAAGCUCAAUGGAAGACAAUGUAGAAGACAGCAUGCAAGAUGACACAAAAUUCAAACCAAAAAAAAAGAAAAAGAAGGCUAAAACAGUUUCAGAUGAUAAUGAAGAAACUGAUGGUGAUGGUGUUCAUGAAGUAACAAGCCGAGAUAGUCCAGUUUAUCCCAAAUGUUUGCUUGAUGAUGAUCUUGUCCUGGGAGUUUACAUUCACCGCACUGAUCGACUUAAGUCCGAUUUUAUGAUUUCUCACCCAAUGGUAAAAAUUCAUGUGAUUGAUGAGAAUACUGGUCAAUAUGUCAAGAAAGAUGAUAGUGAACGGCCUGUUUCAUCUUACUAUGAAAAAGGGAGUGUGGAUUACAUUCUUCCUAUUAUGACCCAGCCAUAUGAUUUUAAACAAUUGAAAUCAAGACUUCCAGAGUGGGAAGAACAAAUUAUAUUUAAUGAAAACUUCCCCCAUUUGCUUCGAGAUUUUGAUGAGAGCCCUAAAGUCAUCUUGUUUUUUGAGAUUCUGGAUUUCUUAAGCAUGGAUGAAAUUAGGAAUAAUUCUGAAGUUCAAAACCAAGAAUGUGGCUUUCGGAAAAUCGCUUGGGCAUUUCUCAAGCUUCUCGGAGCCAAUGGAAAUGUAAACAUCAAUUCAAAACUUCGUUUGCAGCUGUAUUACCCACCUACUAAGCCCCGAUCCCAAUUAAAUGUUGUUGAGGUUUUUGAAUGGUGGUCAAAAUAUCCAAGAAAUCGUUAUCCAUCAACAUUAUACGUAACUGUAAGAGGAUUGAAAGUUCCAGAAUGUAUAAAGCCAUCUUACCGUUCUGUGGUGGCUCUUCAGGAGGAAAAAGGUAAACCAGUGCAUUGUGAACGACACAACGAGACCAGUUCAGUCAACGCAGAACCUGGACUAGAAGAUUCCAAAGAAGUAGUGAAGUGGAAACGACUACCUGGGCAGGCUUGCCGUAUCCCAAACAAACACCUCUUCUCACUAAAUGCAGGAGAAAGAGGAUGUUUUUGUCUUGCUUUCUCUCAUAAUGGAAGAAUAUUAGCAACAGCCUGUGCCAGCCGGGAUGGAUAUCCAAUUAUCUUAUACGAAAUUCCUUCUGGGCGUUUCAUGAGAGAAUUGUGUGGCCACCUCAAUAUCAUUUAUGAUCUUUGCUGGUCAGACGAUGAUCACUAUAUCCUUACCGCAUCAUCUGAUGGCACUGCCAGGAUAUGGAAAAAUGAAAUAAAUAAUACCAAUACUUUCAGAGUUUUACCCCAUCCUUCUUUUGUUUACACGGCUAAAUUCCAUCCUGCUGUAAAAGAACUGGUGGUUACAGGCUGCUAUGAUUCUGUGAUACGGAUAUGGAAGAUUGAUAUGAGAGAGGAUCCUGCCAUAUUGAUCCGACAGUUUGACACGCACAGGAGUUUCAUCAACUCUCUCUGUUUUGAUAUUGAAGGUCAUCACAUGUAUUCAGGAGAUUGCACUGGGGUGAUUGUUGUUUGGAAUACCUAUGUCAAAGUUAAUGAUGUGCAACAUUCAGUGCGCCACUGGAGUAUAAAUAAGGAAAUUAAAGAGAGUGAGUUCAAGGGGAUUCCCAUAAGUUAUUUGGAGGUUCAUCCCAAUGGAAAACGAUUGUUAAUCCAUACCAAAGACAGUACUUUGAGAAUUAUGGAUCUCCGAAUAUUAGCGGCAAGGAAAUUUGUAGGUGCGGCAAAUUAUCGGGAAAAGAUUCAUAGUACUUUGACACCAUGUGGGACUUUUCUCUUUGCUGGAAGUGAAGAUGGUAUAGUAUAUGUUUGGAACCCAGAAACGGGAGAACAAGUAGCAAUGUAUUCUGACCUGCCAUUCAAAUCACCCAUUCGAGACAUUUCUUAUCACCCACUUGAAAAUAUGGUUGCAUUUUGUGCAUUUGGGCAGAAUGAGCCAAUUCUUCUAUAUAUUUAUGAUUUCCAUGUUGCCCAGCAAGAGGCUGAAAUGUUCAAACGCUACAAUGGAACAUUUCCAUUACCUGGAAUACACCAAAGUCAAGACGCUUUAUGCACCUGUCCUAAACUGCCUCACCAAGGCUCUUUUCAGAUUGAUGACUAUGUCCACACUGAACAUUCUUCAAUGAAGAUGCAGCAAGUGAAACAGAGACUCGAUUCUGUCACAGAGGUGAUACGAGCCUGUGCUGCAAAGGUCAACAAAAAUCUCUCGUUUACUUCAACAUCAGCCUCCUCACAGAAGUCUAGGUUAAAACAGUCAGACAUGCUGGCCGCUCAUCAGAUUCUACAUCAGUUUGGUUUCACUCAGACCGGGAUUAACAGCAUGGAAAGAAAGCCUUGUAACCGCCGGGUAGAUACAGCACCAACGGUAGUGGCUCUUUAUGACUACACAGCGAAUCGAUCAGAUGAACUAACCAUCCAUCGCGGAGACAUUAUCCGAGUGUUUUUCAAAGAUAAUGAAGACUGGUGGUAUGGCAGCGUAGGAAAGGGACAGGAAGGUUAUUUUCCAGCUAAUCAUGUGGCUAGUGAAACAUUAUAUCAAGAACUGCCUCCAGAGAUAAAGGAGCGAUCCCCUCCUUUAACCCCAAAGGAAAAAACCAAAAUGGAAAAACCUUCUUCAGCUCCUCAAAAGCAGCCAGUCAUUAAGGACAAGUCCCCGGGCUUCAGACUGGGCUCAGAGUCCAUGACACAUUCUGAAGUGGGCAAAGAGCGGAGCCAUGAGGACCGAGGACACAUAGUGGAUAUGCACGUGAAGAAGAAUGAGCAAACCAGCAGAAAAGUCACCCUAAUAGAGUAAAGAGCUGAAGAAGAAUGAAGAGACAACCAAAUACACAGAAAUGAAAUGACAAACCAAACAGAAUUUCUCUUCAGAGUUAAGAAUUUUCAGAUACUAAGGAAGAAAGGAAGGACCCACUAUUUCUUGUCCUUAUGAGAGAAUCUAGAAAAAUCAGAAGCGAGGUACGAGUAAAAAAAUAAAUGUGGCCUUUUGACCUUUGUUGUUAUAAACCAUUGUGAUUGUUGUUGAUCAAAGUAUUGGUACUUGUAUUUAUUAGUAAUUACAUCAAAAUUAUAUGACCACUGUUGGAAAACCUAUAAAGAAGAAAACAUAACUGCUAUUCAACCAACAGGAAGGAGAAGUGUUUACACUGUUAGGAUGUCCAUGAAGCAGUCAUUUAAUAUUAUUAUAGCUGUAACGUGAUUAUGUGUGUGGUGUUAUGUUCAGAAUGUGAAAUAUAUGCUUUUGAAAUUUAGCUUUAUUUUAGAGAUAAGCAACUUCAGAAUAUUGUGUAUUCUAAAUGGUCCCAGUGACAAAGACAUUAAAAGGGAACACAUUUGUUUUGAAUGAAUCAUAUAUACGUAAUGUGAUACAUAUAAACUAAAAAUGGCCUUUGGCUUGAUUGGCAGCAGUGUUUCAAAUUUCUUUACUUUUUAAAAAGAGCAUUUCAUAUUUAAGCAUAUAAAUUUGUAGACUUUGUUGAAUAUUUAUUUUAGUCUUAACAUUUGUUCUUAAAUUAUUACAUUGCAUUAUUUAAUGCUUGAGUUCCAUAAUUAAUGGUGUCAUUACUAUGUGACUGUGUAUUUUAAAGUGUUAUAAUACGAAAGUUCAUUGGUUUUUUUUUUCUUGACUCUUGAAUCAAACUUAUGACAUUAUACGUUUGUCAAUAAAAUAUUUAACCCCACAAAGGUCAAAACUAGUAUAGUAUCAGAAA